AUGACACAAAAGGAGACAACUUCGGAAAACAGGUAUUUGACCGUGCAGGAGGUCAAAGAAUAUCUACAAAAAAGGAACCAAGAGUUCGAUUCCAUCCUCGAUUGUGGUCUUUAUAGAAUGAAUAAAGAGAUCACAUCAAUGUUGGCAGUAUACGACGGUUUGACCCCAGAUGAAAUCACAACCCGAUUUUACCAACUAACAAUGGUUAAGUCUCGAAAAAACAAGACUGAAAAGCGUCAGGCCUCAGAAGCUCGUCGCGAAAGUAUCUGUUGGAGGAAAAUAUGGAAUAAACUCAAGUUUUGGAAGAUUAGAACUUCGAAGAAAUCGGAAAAGAAGUAG